GGGCAAUUUAUUGAAAAGCAAAUUCAUUUCUUUAUCCUCAUAAACAUCUUAUUGAUUUGAACUUCAAUAAACUUAAUACUUGAAUUCAAAUUGAUGCUAAAUCAAGAAUAACGUGUACGUCAAAAAGAUGCGUGAAAUAAAAGGAUGAGUAAUGAGUUAAGCGAUUACAACACGUCUGCUAUACUAUCUCUUGUCAUUUUUGAUGAUUUCCCACAAUGAUAAGCGAUAAGAUUACAUUUUGAUGAUUGUUUGGUGUAAAAUCGCAUGCUUGACGAAUGUUACAAUGAUGAGUUGGUGCAACCGCAAUCGAGUAUUCAGCAGAAACAUAGGGUAAAUUGUUCAUUUUACUUGAAGAUUGGUGCAUGCCGACACGGUGAUAAAUGUUCUAGGCUUCACAUACGACCAAAUUCUAGUAAAACAAUUUUAUUGAAAAAUUUCUACCAUUUUGAUGGUAUCAUUCGACAAGAACUUUCUAAGGAAAGAGAACAACGUGAAUUUGACGAAUUUUUCCGUGAAGUUUAUUUGGAAAUUGAUGAAAAAUACGGUGAAAUUGAUGAAAUGAAUGUAUGUGAUAAUACUGGUGAACAUAUGCUUGGCAAUGUUUACAUUAAAUUCCUUCAUGAAUCUAAUGCAAGUAAUGCAAUGAAAGCCUUGAACAAUCGAUGGUUUGAUGGUAAACCUAUUCAUUGUGAGCUGUCACCGGUUUCCGAUUUCCGUGAUGCCUGCUGUCGACAAUACGAAAAUGGGGAAUGUAGUCGUGGUGGAUUUUGCAAUUUCAUGCACUUGAAAAAGGUAAGCUCGUCAUUGAAACGGAAACUGGAGAAGGAAAGCGGAAAAGCACGUCGUAAGAAAUCCGCAAAAAUGCGGAAGAUAUCAGAAUGCAGCUGUAAGAAGGUAGAUGGAUCGUUACCAAAGAAAUACCAGGACGCCUGCAGUAGUGACGAUUCAUCUUGGUCCGACUAUGGUCCAUCAUCAUCCGGAAAUCAUCGAUCAUUGACUCCAUUUGCUUUCCGAGCUGAUCGAUAUACAUCCGAUGUUAGCGAAUCAGAUUCCGAGACUGAUCCGGAAUUUGAAGCUCACAAGCAGUUACUAAGACGUCAACGAUGGGAAGAAUUGCGUGGUAAAUUUGAAAUGCAACAAAAAUGGGACGAAGAUCGCGAACGUAAUUUUGUUUUCUCAUUGCUCUGAAAUUGAUGAAGUUUAAAAUCAAGAAAGGUUUAUGGAAAUGAUUGAAAGUAAGGAAGUGUGUAUCCUAAGUGAGUUGAACCUGAGGUCACUCUUAAAUCAACGAGAUUGAUUGAAUCUGAAAUCAUCUCAGGAUUGAUGAAAUCGUUUGUACUUGGAAUCCUC